UAUAGAUAUAACUGAUCCCCACGAAUAAAAACAACAACAACCACAACAACAACAAUUUUUUCAAAACAAAAUAAUGGUGAUUGUAAAUUUGUCAUCGGCAUUAACAGAAGAAGAGGAAUUGUUAAAGUUAAAAUAUGCGAAGUUAAGAAAAAAGCGUAAGCAGCUGCAGGCAUUAAAGACUGUCAAACCAGAGCGGGAACCAGAAAAAGUGAAACCAGUUAAGCGCCCAUCGGAAUCAGCAGAAGAUGCCAAAGAACAGGCCAAGAAGCUUGUCAUGUCAGGGGCCAUUAAACUGAGCGACAAAAAGGAGAAACAGGGCUUCAAGCGUUCCCGAAAUCUGGAGAAGAAACUGCAGGACCCUGAGAAGACUCCCCAACCUGUUGUGGGAUUCCAGCCAUUUGCUGCCACCCAUGCGGAAGAAGAGAGGGAAGAACGGGGUCCUAAACCCAGCCUAGCUCGUGGGCAGAAGUACACAAACUUUGUGCGUGGUGAACGGGAGCAUCCUGGUAGACCAGAGAGAGCUGAUGACCAUGAGGAAUGGACUGAACGACGAGAUCGACGCCCCAGGGAGCCUUUGCCAGAAAAAGGCCACACAGUCCAUGUGAAAGGUCUAGGCAUAGGGGAGGAAAUGCUGAGGAAGACAUUCUCAAAUUUUGGCAACAUUGUCAACAUCACCAUGGAAAAAGAACGCAAUACUGGUUUUAUCACAUUUGAAAGCAUGGACUCUGCAGACGCUGCCAUUCAAGAGGGUGACGGUGCCGUGGUAGAGGGUGUACAGCUGAAGGUGUCAAUGGCUCGCAGGCAACCGUCCUUCGAGGUGGCCAACACCGAACAGUCCACUGGGUCUUGGUCAACCAUUGCUGCCAGUACUUCACAGAAAGGGACAUUCAAAGACAAACGGGAUGUUGUAGCUUAUGAUGAGGACAAUAUGUUCUCAGAAUGACCUAACCAUGGUCAUUCCUGGAAGAACAUGCAAUUUACGAGAGUGGCGCUAAAAUAUACCUACUGGUAUAUUACAUUUUCUCAAAAUUGUGUGCGUUGAUUCACAUUGUUAUAAACACAGUGCAUGGCUAUAGAUUUGAGUUUUACUGGCUAUGUGAAGUUUUGAAUGAUGGUGUGGAAGUGAAAAAACAAUCUUAGUCUAUUCUUUUCUCACACAUGUUUAAGGGCCUAUCCUUUAUUAUUUGACUCCAAAAUAUAUAUUCACAUGAAAUGGUCCAACUUUUGUGAUAAUUAUAUUGUUACGUUGCUGUUAUUGAAACUGAGCACUAUGAUAUUGGUCAGUCAACUUAACAAGUUAUCAUUAACAAUGUGGAAUACCCAAUGCCUUCACAUGCAGAGAUUAAGCUUAUUAUUGUUGUUUAAUGAACAACAAAUUAUGAGGCAUGACUAAUGAAACACAUCACUUAUUUCAGAUCAUCAUUAUAACGUUUCAGCAUAAAAGGACAACAACUAACCACUGGAUGAUGGUUAAAAGGUAGAUUGAGAUUGUAUGCGUUUGCUGCAAUCAAAAUAUGUGUAUAAUAUGUAUAUAUGAAAGUGACACAUAGAGAAUAAUAGGUUAGUGUUGAUUAUAGAUCAGGUUUAUCAUGCGAGGCUUAGAAAACAAAAAGCACGAGCCUUGGCGAGUGCUUUUUCGUUUUCGUGCCGAGCAUGAUAAACCCGAUCUAUAAUCAACACUAACCUAUUAUUCUAUUUAUCCCACUUUUUAUUCAGUAAACUUUUUUUAUUUAAACAAAAUAAGUUUUCAUGAGUGUUUGUCGUACUUUGAUAAUGACUGUAGUGUAACCAAGGUCAGUGUAUUACUCCGCGUUCCAAAAAUAACCGCUGAUCAAAUAAUCAUUUUUUUUAAUCAGAAUAUCGUUCUGUAACAAAGUGUCGAGCGUUAUUAAUUACAAUUUUAAUCAUAUUGAAUUGCAAAUCUUUAAGUUUUAUGAUAUCAAUAUGACAUUAAGUUGUUAUAUACAAGGAACUACAUUUGUUUACAACGUAGCCUAACACCACACACAAUUCACUUUCGAUAUCAAACUAUCGAGUCGAUCACGAGGUGCACAAUAUUUGCUUCUUUGUUAUAAUAUGUGGUUAUUCGUGACGAAAUAACAAAGAUUACUUGGAUUUAAGCUAAUUAUAUACAUUAACAUUUUGAAUGUUGAAAGUGGCACCAAAGAAUUGUGAGGCAAAGUUGUUCGAACUAGAGAAAGACAUUUGCUGAUGAAGUGACUGGGUGGGGCGAACAUCAAGAUCAACUUGUUUGACGGUAGACAGUGGUUGUCUAAGCUGCAUUUCGGCCAUAGUUUCGGUGCAUGAAGGUGAACAAGAGGAAUCUGUUCGAUUGUUACAUUUACUGGAUUGAGCAAGAGUGAUCACUUUUGCUGCUGUUUAACAGAUAUGUUGGAAUAAUUGGUUAUGGACUGGGCAUUUUUGUGCCCUGUUAUGGCCAUGGUUUCAGUGGGUGGAAUGUUUGCAUUUCGAAGUUUUUGGACCAGUAAUUUGCGAACUGAGUGGUUCGUUAUUCUCUUGUGCCUGAGAAAGCCGGCGUCUUUUGCCAUGGCCCAUGGCCUUCAGCAUCUGACCUAACUUGUUGACACCCAAUUGUUGACGCAAAAAUCACCGGGAUGCAGUGUCAUUUGUGCGUAUUGCCAGGUAGAAAAGAUGCUUUGAAGAAAAAUCAAAUGGACGCAUAUCCGAGUACAGCUUGUAAAUGAACACAGGAUUUCUUGGUCCAGACGAUUGUUUUCUGCGGUCAAAGGGGAGCAACUCGAACUGACUUCUUCAAAGGGGAGCAACAACAACAGAACCUAUUUGCAUAGUGUUAAAUUUACCUAAUACUAGGUUUUAAUGACAAUAAAUGACAAAAAAACUC